GCAGCGGGGAACACGCCAUCUCGCCAUGGGCCGGCCGCCAAUAGCACGGCGUGCUGCCCGCAUCGCGUUCUCUCAUUCGACAGUGGGAUGAGGCUGAUUUAUAUACGCACAUCGAGCGAGAGGCACGCUCCGCCCCGCGGGGCGCACAGCCCGGAACUGGGCGCCGUGAGCUGAGUGUAGGCCAAGGGCUGCUCGGCGUGCUCAGGGCUUCUCUGUUCACCGCUUACCUAACUCCAUAAAGCCAGAUCAUGGGCUGCAGUCAAUGCAGUCAACUGUUUUGUUGCAGUUAAUCUCGCCUUUGUUACCCGGAAAGUAAAAAAUAACCACUGCGCUUCCUGCAGUAAUUUGGCAAUAUGAGCCGUAAUUGCGUGUGGAUGUGACUAAGUCAAAGCAAAGCAGCAAUUUGUUCCUACUUCCAACAAUUAUGUCUAAUCGAUGCGUAAUUUAAGAUGGCCAUUAAGGCUGCCUCUGUUUCCUACGCUUUUUCUGGAGUAGUGCUAGGUGGAUGUUGGUUAUAGAAUAUAGCAGGCAUUACUUUUGGAGCGACAUACAUAAUACAGUUUGUAUAUACUCUGUGCAGCCCUGUCAAGCCAAAAGGUUGGACACCCAUGUCUGAGCCCAAACAGAACCAUUGUAUGCCACAAGGCUUCCUGUUUCAGCUGCUUUUUGUGCCAGCCUCACAAUGCUUAGGGAAGUAACCAGGCACCAGUGUUUUAAUACCUCAUGUGAAAAACACGUUAUCCAACUCAUCACUACAGUCACUUCAAGCUGUGUUUGCAUGAAGUCACACCUGUCCCUAUCUGAACAAUGCCUGUAUACCCUUGUGAACUACAUCCAUGAGACAGGAAGGUCCCCAGAUGAUCGCACAACCACACUCUCUCCUCUAGUUUUUCUGUUUCACUGGCCGUAGUAGGUAUAGCAAACCAUGUUCCAGAUCUAAAUACCUUGUUUCAGCGCCACUGAAAGAUUAGGAGCCAAACUCUAGCAGCCUUUCUGUUCCUCAUAGUCCUCUUAGACAGACACUAAAAUGGGAGCCACAUUUCCCCAAGACCCCAGUCUCCAUAAGUAGGGUCAGACUGGAGUUCUUGGCCUGGCUGUUGGAAUUGCUCUGUUCUGUUAUUAAUAAUUUGUUAGUUUCAGAUGGGACAGUUUUUUUUCCCUCCCGAACAGCUGUUUUGGUGUUUUGGUUUUAGGAGAAAGACAAGGUGGAUAAAUACACCAAUGCUUCUCGUUGUUGCUGAGAAGAGUUGUAAAGAGCCUGUUGCACUGUUGCUAAGCAGAGUUGUACAAAACCAAGGCUGUUCUCGUUUCUCAGCUCCUAUCAGCAAAAGGCUUAGGAGAAGGGAGGUGGCAAGGAGCUGGGAGGGGACAGCAUCAGAACAGCUGACUUAAUCUGGCCAGAGGGAUAUUCCAUACCAUGUGACAUCCUGAAGAAGGACUAUUGAAAGGAAUGGGAGUUCUUUCUCUCCCUUUUCCGCUGCUUAGAGGCUGGUUGGGCAUCAUUCGGCAGGUGGUGAGCAGUUGCUCACUUGUUAUAUAUGUUCACACAUAUAUGUAUUUCUAGUCUUGAGGUUAUUAAUUUUUCUCAUACAACUUCCAAAAUAUGUUUGACUCCCGCUGAGUUGUUUCUUUCUAUCAGUAUAUAAUUGAUGUGUGCAUAGAUGGUAACGUGUGGUGGGCCACAGGUUUCUGCUAAAAUCUUCACCAAGGCAUCAAGGGAAAUGGUAUAGGUAUAGGUAUUUGUAUGUCCCUACCUGUAUAUCUUAGCCUGUUGAAAACGUACAGUAUCCCUUUCAAAGUGAAGGCAAGUUUGGCUGUGUAGUGUUCUCAGUGGAAACAAAAAGCAUAUCCUUUGAUGCCAUCCAUGUGUGAGAUGUCCCUCAGAUUUGAGUAUUUAAUUCUGCAAUAUUUUGUACAGUUAAGGCAUUCGAUUGCCUGUAAUCAGUCAUAAGCCACCACUGUCUGUUCAGCUUUUUCACCAGACACCAGAAUUAAGCAAGGAGUAUGAGUGAUAAUAUCUCCUUUUCCCAAGUCUGUUACCACACUGUAGAUUCCUGUAAAGGUGGCCAACAUGGCCUUGAAAACCACUGAGGACCCAUGGGCAAGCUGUUCUGGUGCCCUCUGAUUCCUUCUAACAUCUAAGCUAAAUCUCUGAUCUUAUAGUUUAAAACUCUCCCUCCUUUUCCUAUCACUAUUAGACCAUGUAAAAUAUCAUUCCUCCUCACGCUUGUAAGCUCCCUUCAGUACUGGGAGGCUGUGAUGUGGUCUCCAAAGAGCCUUCUCUUCUCCAAGCCUAACAACCCCAACUCUGUCAGUCUCUCUUCAGAGAAGUCCUGCGCCAACAGCUCCAUAUCCUGUACUGGAGACUCAAGAUUUGGACACAGUUAUCCAGGCAGGGCCUCAUGAGGCAGAGUAGAGGAAGAUAAUCACCUUCCUCUCCCUGCUGUCCGCCCCUCUUUUUAGGUUUUGGUUUUCAGUCAUGAGAGUGUCCACCUGUGUCUCUGGUUUCUUUCAGUUUCCCACUUCCAACAAUUAACAGAACGUUGUGUGAAAACACCACACUGAGAUGCAGUGCUGAGGCAGUGUUGAGAUAUUCUUCUGAUGCCACAGGUGGUCAGAGGGCUAUGUAUGAAGGUUACCUCUUAUUAACGCCAUGACUUUAACAACUGAAAUAGGAGGAGUUUUUUCUCCAGAAAUCAACUGUAUAGCUCCUGAUCCUUCAUAUGAAAACCAGGUAUAUCAGAAAUUAAGUUAUGAAGAUCUCUCUCCAGAGGCAAUCCUGUGUCCAGAUACCUUUCUGGAGGAGAUAGGGACACCACAAGAUAUAUUUCAACAUGUUUUAGAAGAUUGCCAGAGACCCACUGUGGCUGUGGUUGACACAGAUAACAGCAUAAAGGAACAAUCCUCUAAUAAUGAUGAAGAUCUUUCAUUGUCAGACUUUGGGAAGAUUCUCAUAGAAUCAUGGUCACUCACUGAACAGAGCUUAGGGACUAGUGAACUUGAAAUCAGUGACUGGUUGAGAUCUCUUGGUGAUUCUGGGAGUUCUACAGUGAUAAACCCAUUAGAGUAUCCUGAUUGUGACUUUUUUAGUGAUGUACCAGCCGAUAAGAACAGUGAUGCUCUGCCAGUAGAGCUUGUGACUAAUCUGAAUUGUAUGUCAGGAUCUGUAUUACAGCCUGACACACCUGUAGUGCCCAGCAGGAGACAACUUAACACCGAAGAAGAGCAGGCAAAUUCAGAACAUGAGAUUGCCAGGCAACUGUGGGAUGACUGUGCACAGUUAACAAGCGUGCUUGAGCCUCAGCUUCCUGUGAUUCAGGCGAACAAAUCAAAAGCAUUAGCGAGAUCUAGCUUGCGGGGGACAACAUAUGAGCAGCUUGUGAGUGAUCAUCAGAAAAGGAAAAAAGUAAUUCCAAAUUAUUGGAGUGCUGCCUAUAAUGGAAAGCAAACUGGGAAGGGAAGUUCACAUUUAGCAGAGGCUGUUUUAUGUGCAGAAACCACUAAAACAACAUCAGGGAGAACAGUAGAGCUGAGGGAGACUUCAUCAGUAAGGUACAAAGGUAUUGUUUCCAGUCAUGAACAAAUGCCAGAAGGACUGCAAAAACUACCUCAUCGUCACACUAAGAGAAGUAAAGCUAAGUAUUUUAGUAAAAUUCAGAAAUCUUCUUCUAAAAACAAGCAAGGUCCAGAAAUCAACAUGUCCCAAGAAGUGUUUCAGAAUGAGGAUGGAAAAGCUGACAAGAGAAGGAGGAGCAAAAAAGUCAGAGAUAAAAUGAGUCAAGAAGUCUAUCAUGGGAGUUUCACAAAUUCUCAAUACUGUGUUAUGCUUUCAAGAAUAAAUAAGAGGAAUGCAUAUGGUGAGACCUUACUACACAGAGCUGAAGAUCUAAGUCACAUACAUACCCUAAUAAAAGCUGGUGCAAAUGUAGAUGAUAAGGAUUAUGCUGGUUGGACUGCACUACAUGAAGCAAGUUUAGAAGGCCAUCACCAGAUAGCAGAGGAGCUUUUGAAAGCAGGAACCAAUGUCAGUGCUAGAGGAUAUGAACAAGUAACACAAUUGCAUGAUGCAGUUAAAGAAGGCCAUUAUAAGGGACACUUACAAACAGAUGAGUCAGAACUAGCAUGUGCAAAUCCUACUGAUUUGGGUAGGGCAGACAUAUUGCAACAGACUAUUGAAAAUGAGGUGCAGAACACUUAUAUUAGUAUAUUGGAUGAUAGAACCAGCAGCACAGAAUGCACUCUUAAAAUAAAUACAGUGCGUGAGCUUUUGGCAACUACUGUUGAAGUGAGUUCUUCUGGAAGUCCUUCUAAUUCUACUUGUAGUGUACUGAACAUCAGUGAGCAAAAGGCUCCACGGCCAGAAAUAAGAGGGGGAAUCCUGCUUAAUGCAGAAGAAAGCACUGGAGGAUGUCACAUGGAGGAAACAAAAGAUGCUCACAGUUUAGAGAUGUUGUUCAGAGCUUUAGAACUCCAUGACAAUAAAAUACAUCAAAUUAAACAGAAGAGACGAGAUCGUAAGGGCACCAACUCAAAGUCAGAUAAAGGAAGAUUUGCUGGAAUGGGUGGAACAGAAGGCACAGAAAAGAAUAAAGAAGGAGGUGGAAAGAACAUUGUGCUCAUGCAAUUCUCUGAAGUCGCAGUCCAAACGAAAAGAUUAAGGUUAGACCCACAGGAGACGAGACAAAAGACAGACUUGUGUUCUGGUGUAAGGAAAAACAAGCUUUCAUCUACACGUUCAAAAUUCAAUCAAGCAUCAGCACAGCAAACAUCUAAGAAACCAGGUGAGACAAAGAAGACAAAGAAGAAGAGUGCAACAGGAGAAACGAAGCUGCAUAUUGCUGCUAGGAGAGGAAAUUUAUCUUUGGUGAAAAGUCUGAUAUCAUCUGGAAUUCCUGUAAAUGAGCAGGACAAUGCAGGUUGGACGGCAAUUCAUGAAGCUUCUGCACGUGGAUUUACUGAUGUCAUCUCAGAAUUACUGAAGGCUGGUGCUGAUGUUAACAUCAGAGGUCUGAAUGGUAUUUUGCCAAUACAUGAUGCUGUUUAUAUCAAUUCUUUGGAGGCAGCCAGGAUUCUGCUACAACAUGGAGCAAAUCCCUGUGAGAGGAACGAUUCUGGGAAAAGUGCUUUGGAUGAAGCUUAUGAUGAUAAAAUGAAAGAACUGCUUAUGUCUUAUUGUUCUGUUCAAUACGUUCUUCCUGUUGAAACUGGUGAUGUUACAGUUGCAGAGUGGAACCACUGUAGGUCAAGGAGGCAAAAGAGUGUUUGUCUUAAGUUCUGUGAAAAUGGUGACAUGUCUUUGGAGCCACAAAGUGAGAAAUACAGUGUGAACACUGCUUCUGCCAUACAAGAUGUUGAGAAGAAGCAAAAAGAACUGUUUCUACUUGAACUGAGAACUUCUGAAGAUGCAGAUGUGUUUACCCAAGGCCUGUCUCAGAUAGAAGGUACUCUGAAUAAAGUGUUUGCAGAACAGAAAGCAGACAGGGAUGCCCUUGCUAAAAAAUACAGGGCUUCAACAGAAUCUUUUAACGAAGGAGCUCAGCAAGAACAAGUGGCUAACCUCUCUUCUAGGCAAGAGAAUUUGUUGACUCUUGUCCAAAACCAGAAGAAAUUACUCCAGAAAAUAGAAAAUUACAGAAAAACAAACCAAGUGUUCAGAGCAUCAGAUUCAGAGAAGCAAAUUGUGAAUCUCGAUGUAGUUACAUUUGCUAUGGGGCUUGAUGCCAGCAUACCUCAUGAAAACAGAGUAAAAGCACAUCUCUCUUCAGAAAAUAGAUUUUCAGCUCAGGAAUGCAACCAGUAUCCAAACAACCGCUUGGCUGAGACAGAAGCUAACAAAGAAGCAGUAAGAAGCAAAGUGAUUUCUGAUAGUACUUCAGCAUCUGAAAACCCGAAAAGAAAAUAUUACUUCUAUGACUUGUCAAAGUUGACAAAUGCUAUGGAGCUAUUGCUAUUGCCUUCAAAACCUGCUGCUUCCACUGCUAAAAACAGGUGUUUGCAGCAAAAAGACAUCGAUCAUAUAGCAGUUGGAGAGCAAGGAAACAAGUCAUUAGAUCUCAUUUCAGUGACCAACACAUUAAAUAGUCCAGAAGCCCAAAGCACUGUUACCAGUAACAGUGUUUGUCAGCCAGGUGGUGACUGUCAGCAGGUUCUUGCAGAUGAGGGUAUACACAGAUACAUAAAUAAGAAAGAAGCUUUCCAGCAGCACCAGCAAGUAAUGGCAUCAGCAUCCACAGAUAACUUUCCUAACCUGCAUCCAGUGUUCUUUCAGAGUUGUGGGAACUCAUGUGAUGCAGAAUCAAUAGCUGCAAAUUUUACAUCAAACACAGAUUAUCCAGUAAACCUUAGUGAGAAGACUUUCCAGAGCUAUGUUUACAAGGAAUGUGAGCAAAAACGAAGGAAGUGUGCGAGAAAAAGAAAAAAAAAGCUACAGCUGAUAGAUCUUCUCGAGUUGGGAAGGAUUAAGCCAGGAGAAAAUGUUUUGGAAUUCACACUGAUGGGAUUCACUUGCAAAGCCACGCUCUUAACAAAUGGCCAGAUCAAAACAAGUGAGAACAAAAUAUUUCAGAAUCCAGUUCAGUGGGUUAAAGACCUACUAGGAAGUGAUAUUUAUGUGACAUGGAAGUAUGCAUGGAACAAGGUUGCUUAUCGUGGGACACAAUUGUCAAAGCUACUUGUUGAAGAUGCACCUGUUUCUAACGACCUCGAAAUACCAUCACAACAGAGAGAGCUUGCAGAAAAUGUGAAAACAUUUCCGUGCGCUGAAAGAGAAGCAGCUGAAAGUCUCCCCAUUGCCAGAGAAUUAAAGACAGGCUUCUCUGUCCAGUUCAACUCAGUAGAAAGUCUGACGUGUUUUCUUCAUUUCACUGAGUUAUUCGUCGUACGAACAGAGGAGUUUCUACCAUGGCCUGUGAUGGAAGAGCACUGGAAUUUCUACAGAGCAUGUGAAGAUUUUGGAUUCUGAAGUCUUCUUAAGUGCUAACAUGUUUUUCUUCCAUCAUCGUUUAGUUCUAAAUGUACAAAUGUUUGCUUCAAAGUGCUUUGUUGCUAUUGUUUUGACAAAUCAUUUGCACUGCGCUUGGAAUGGUCUGAAAGAUCGUUUGGUUAAACUGCAGAGUACUUUGUAGCAGGUGGGCAUAACUGUCACUAUCAAAUUUUAUGCUUUAAUGUUCCGAAAUGGACAGGGCUUGUUGUCCACUGCUCCACCAAUUGUAUUCUGUGUUGCCAGUUUUGUAUGAAACUCCACUGAUUUCUGUGGCUUUUUAUCCUCUCAUGCUGGACUGUGCCAGAUAGAUAUCAACACUGAUGGCCACUUGUUACAUCUCAGUGUUGAACUAGUCUCCCCAAGCAUGUGCUGUCAGAAGUGGCUGCAAGAGUUUGUGUAAUAACACAAGCAAAAAUCAAGAUGGGCAGCUUUGAACAAUCACCAGCAACUCUGCUUUGUGAUGCUUGGUUAUAUACAAACAAUUGAGAAUGGGAUGUAUGCUGGGAGUUAGAAGAGGGCUCUUAGUCUUUGAAAAUACUCAUGGAAAUUCAGUUGUUGAUUCAACCAAAUCCAUCUGACAGUCAAAAAAUGUGCCAGCACAUGACAGGAUGCACAGUGAGACCAAUUCUGGUAAAUGAGUUUUUCAGUUUAGUAGCAUCCUGGAUUUUCAGCCCGAUUUCUGGAGGAUUUCUGUUUGUUUUGAUUUUGCACAGUAUGAAUCUGCCUCGGCAGUGUGCUUAUAAUACAUUUGACUGCAAGGAGAAUUAUCUGUAUUCAAGUGGUGUUCUAACUCUUUCAUUCCCUGAGUUGUAAGAAGACUUGAGAUAAUAACACCUACUACUCCUAACUUGAGUGAAUGGGGUGAGAAAUACCUCCUGUCAAUACGUAACAUACUCAGCUUGCUAUUUGGAGUGUGAAGAGCUGUUCUGCAGGGAUUUGAUUAGUGUCUUAAACAGGAGAAGGUUUAGGGGGGGAGUGAGAGGCUUUCUGAUGGUCAGAGAGUUAAUACUGUGCCUGAGGAUGCAUGAGCAAUCAUUGCCCGUUAGGCUGUAAGGAUUAAAAGGAAAAAAAAGAAAAAAAAAAAGAAAGAAAGAAAAAAAAAGCAACCCAAGUGCCUUGAAGCCAGAGAAAGUUAAAGGCUACUGAGUGAUGGGUAUUUAGUAAAGGUCAGUUUGCAUGCAGGAAGUAAACAGAACAUUCCCACAGCUGCUGCAGCAAAACAGACCUGAAGGAAAACUGGUCUAAGGGAGAUGUUCAUUCAGCUACUGCUGCUUGGAGCAUCCUUGGAGAAGGAAAGUAGUUUUUCAUCAAAGGUGAAAGAUUUUUGACUGUACAAGUUACUGUUAAAGCCACUUAUAUGUUGUUUGACAUCUCUCCUGUGUUACAAAUUGUUUAAUAAAAUUAUAAUGAAAAACUGG